AUGCCAACUGACACUGUAAGGGGUAUCAAGAACAAACGUAAUCGAAAAAACAUUUCUUAUAUAGCUCCAUCAUUGAAUAUAACACUUUUUCAAGAAAGCAAGCAAUUCUUAACUCAGAACAACGCAAGCAUCAAACAAUGUUGUAAAUUGAAAUUUCAUUCAUUUCUCUCCCAAGUAGAUGAAAUAUUGAUAAAGAUGUGCAGGAAACAUAUAAGUCAAAUAUUUGUGAACGCAAAAAAGAAGGCGAAACUUCGUAGAAGAUCUGGAGUCUCAAAAAGCAAAAAUUCAGACAACCUUUUUGACUUUGAAAACGACGAAGAUGUGUAUGACAUCAAUUCUGAGGAAUAUAAAUUGUAUCAAGAGCAUUUACGUAAAUCAUCAUCAGCGAAAAUGAGACGCUCAAGACCUGUCAACGUUGUUGAGUUGUAA